AUGGAACUUGACAUCGGGCAGGCACGUGCCAUCGCAACGGUGAAGCUGGACGAUGAACAGAAAAAACUGGACUUGGACAUCCUGACAGGUUUUAUUGUCAUGGACCGGCGAGCACGGAUCAUCGUUGUCGAGUGUCUACGUGACGGCAAAGCUUUGUCGAGACUGCGGGAGGUGUUGCCUGAGGAGAAUACGAACAAGUUGAAGGUGCUGUUUAAUCCAGAGCUUGGCUUCAGCAAGCGCCUCUACGUGGACUUCAAUUUGGUGCUGAAGCAGGUGAAGCUUCGACAAUCUCUGGACGGUUUAACCCAACGACCUGACCUUUGCCUGCCCAGCAAGUGUGAUGCUGCAGUAAGCCAUGGCCUGAAUCAGCUGAUGGAUAUGAAACGAGCGGAGCGCAUCCAUGUUCUGAAGCUCAUGAACUCCUUCCCGAGUGCCGUGUGCAUCGAAGACAUUGAGACUCAGUAUGGAGACUUUGUGAAUGAACGGGAACUCCAUGGUGGAUGCAUGGACGAUGCCAAGUCUGCUCAUUCAAAAGGUUCAAGAAUGACCGGGCGAACGGGUGCCAGUGCGCGGCCCCGCAGCGAGCGCAGCGGUCGCAGUGCAAAGAGUGGAUCAGGGCAAGGGUCCUUCCAGAAUGAAGCGGUUGAGGCAGAGGACAUGGAAGGCUCGCACGAUGAUGAAGGGUCCAUUGUGGAGGAGGUAAAGGUGCGCAACGCCAAGAUUGUGAUGAAGCCCAAGCUGGAAAGCGUGAAUCCGUUUUACGAGAGGGUUUUGGAAUGCAGAAAGUUUGAGACUCCUGACAUGAUGCGUCAAAACAAGAAAGCAGUGAAGGAUCUCAGCCAAAACAUGAAGGCAGUGGCCAGUCCCCGUAGAGUGGGUCCCAAAAAAGAGGUCGAUCGGACAUUUCUGGAGCCUGGUAUGGAAGUGCACAUCUACUCCGGUCAGGCGAAGAAUAGCGCCGAGCUGCAAAAAAGGAUCUUGCGGGAGAAGAUGCAAGAUGAGGGACAGCUAUGGACCUAUUCAGCGGAGAGGAAUUCUGGAUGCUUCCCGUUGCUGGAGAAGGAGGUUCCCUUGGACAGGAUGCUUCGACAGGAAGUGCCACAGGAGGACAACCGAAAGCCUUUCAAAUAUCCCAGUCCCCGCGAGGCCGCCGACUAUCGGCGGAUGCCCAACCAGGUCUCUGACUCUCGGAAGGAAGAUCUGCAAGCUCCUUGGGUGGAGAAUCAGCUGCACCCUGAGUUGGAGCUCAAGGCCAUCGAGAGGGAGCUUGUCUCUAGGUGGCCUGGCCCAGCUGGCUUGCGAGCCGUAGCUGAAAACCUGGUGGUUGGGGCGGCUCGGGAAGUCCGUGCCCUUAGGUCCCUGAGUGCUGGUCUCGGCCGGGCACAAGGGGAACCUAGGGCUGGAACCCCGGCUGCCUCCGCUGCUGGGGAAGCUGGAGCUGGGGGUUCCCGCGCUUCAGCUGGCCUGGCACCUAAGAGCGCCCCCAAACCGGUGACACCUCCGGCCGCUGACGAAGGGUCUCACGAGGACUCUUACACCUACGAGACCGACCCGGAGGAAGAGGAGGCGGCCGUGGAAGACAAGCGCAAGCCUCUCGUGAGGGCACCUGCAGAGAAUCGAGGGGGAAGCCGGCGUGACACUGCCGAGCAGCCUCCUCUGAAGAGGACAAAGGAAGAGAAGAGGAGUGAGGAGAGGCCACGAGAAGAGAAGAGAGAAAGCAGACGAGAAGAGGAGGAAGGCCGGCGAUCCAGGGAUCGUGAACCAGAGAGGCGAUCUGAGGAGAGAGAAGACAAGAAAAAGAAGAAAUCCAAAAAGAAACACAAACGAGCUGGGCGCAAACACAAGAGACUUGGACGUCUUGCUGAAGACCCCUACAAGGAGAUCCAUAGAGGACUGCCCAGUCAGUACCUAGACCAGAGACCAUCCCUGCCUGACAGCAGGGAGAGGAAACAACGCUAA